ACCACACCUUUUGUUUCAAAAGUGCACAUUUUUUUAAAUCUACAAAUGUAAUAGUUUUAUUUGUAAAAUAUAUAACUUUGGUUUAGUUUGUCUUGUUGAAGCCCAGGUGUGCUGGAUAUACAGGGUAAAGACAGUGCCAUUGAGCUCUUUGUAGAGAUUUCGAGAAGGAUGUUUGCUGCAACAUACUGUAGAGAAGAUAAUUGCCUGGAUGGUUUUACCAAUACCACUCAAUAAAGAUCUCUAAUAUGUACAUAAUACAAAAUAUUCAGCAUCAAAUAUGGGUAUUUUCAAACAAAACCUCUUAUGUAAUAUUGAACUGUGCUGUGCUGUUAAAUGUGAUUAUAUUGAUUUCUGGAUAAAGUCCAAAUAUAAGGACUGUGUAGCUGCAGCAAAACAAUUGUGCUCUAACACAACCCAAAUCUCCGCAAGAUUAGAUUUCAAACUUACAGUGAAGAGAGCAAUGUAUCGUAUGAAAUGGCCUUAAAACUUAAACAUGCAAUUUCUUUCUCCCUCACAUUUAUUUUACCUCAAUUUUUUUCAUUCGCUUGUACUGCAUAAUGGAAUUGCAGUAUUAGAUUAAUUAUAAAACUAAUAGAUUCAGAUUAACUUUUAAGCACACUAGUUUCUUAGAAAAUGGUGUUGCAUUGCAGUUAUACUUCAGCACCGUCUGUAUCGUCUGCUUAUGUAUGGAUCUAUCCAUCCAUGACUGAUCUAACUGCUUUGUCCGUCUUGUCUGUCGGUGAGGAGUCUCUACAUUAAGUUCUGAGUUUUUUCUUACUGAUAUAUGUUUUUAUUUAUUGAUUUGGUUCCUGUUGAAGUGGCAUUCAUAGUGUAUUUCUGUUCAACUGUACCUCUCUUUCGACAUUCAGCAUCAUGCCAUUUGCUUAUUCUGUAUGUGUUGCUUUGGAGUAAAUAUAAUGUUGUCAUCUGUAAAGCUCUCUCUUUUCCAAGGGUCAGGUCUCUUUCAGUGCAGUAAAUUUGCAAUGCACCUGCAAUAAAUAGUGAAUAUUUAUUUGCUUUUAAAGUGAGAAAAUAACUCGAAAUACAACUACUGAUUUUGUAAAUAGAUAUAGAUAUUGAGUAAAUAGUGUGUAAUGUAUAGGCUAUUAAUUUAAAAUGGGAUUGACCAAUAUCUUGAAAUUACUGCCAAGUUAUCAAUACAUUGUUGUUUUAUUUCUCCCUUACUUUGCAUAUUAUUUUGAGAAAAGAGUUUUGUAGAAGAGAAGUAUUUUAAAAGCUAUUAAGACUGUUCUGUAAAAGGGAAAUCUCACAGUAUAUCCUGCUGAUCAUUUCAGUUGCCUUAUCAUCACAAACUGAUGGUGUAAGUAUAGAUAGUGAAGCAAAUUGCCAGCAGGAUUUUCAAUGAAAUGAAUGUUUUGUUGUUGUUGUUUUUAUUGUAAAUAAAUGCCCGGAGAACUUUACAGUCUAUUUUACAACUAUUCUUUUGCCCUGCAUCACGUCACGCAAUACAAACUCGGUAUUCUGUGUUUUUUUUUGCACACAAAUACAACAUUCCGAAUGCCUCAUUGAGAAAAUCCCUGCUGUGAUAUGUCUACAAACUGUAGAUGUUCCACUUCCCACCAUCUUAAUGAAAGCAAAGCGAGAAAGCCCCAUGAAUAAAUGAUUUGAUGUGGCUACCCACAAGUAUGUAAAACUAGAGCAAUCUAAAAGUGGAGGCUUCCCUUCUUGUACAACCGUGCGGCAUGGAAGAAAAAAACAUUGGGUUUUAAUGAGUCAAAAGGAUAUAAGACUGAGUUAUGACUGAAAUUGGCUUUCCAAAUGUAUUGGUUCACAAAAAGAUCAAGGAAUGGAUAAUAUGUUUAAAGUACUUCAUAAAUAGUUUUAGAAAUGUGCAGUUCUACAAUGUGAAAACAACACAAACAGAAAAGAAAAUGCUUUUUUUACACUGUCCUGAAUACGUUGUGCUUUAUGCAAAUAGAUGCUUGACUAUGUGCAGAGACAUUCAUACUAAGUAAAAAAGGUCAAUCUACAAAGUGAAGGUCAGUUUUUAUGCGUAAACGUCGGUAGUUGCUUGCUCUGUGAGUGCGUGUGCUGUAAGAGCCUUGGGGCAUGCUGGGUUGAUGUUAUCCUGGCAGAUGUUUUGAAUACACUGCACAUACUAUGCAUGUUAAUAUACAGCCUGGUUGUACUGGAAACACAGAUGAACCUAAUUUGGGGAUUUUAGUGCAUAAAAUAUGAUAUACGUAUAUAUUCUCAAUAUUUAUUUUGCAGCUGAUCUAUUCAUGUCAUACCUGUCAUUUCGAAAUUAUUUUUAUAAUUUUUUUGUAUUUUGCAUAAAACUGUUUACAUUCCACACCCUCCUUUACUCAUCUAGUGUUUAUGCAUGUCAUCUGACUACAUUGAGACGAACCCCACUUGCCACAAGUAGACUUUUCUGUUUCAUGUAUUUCUUCUGGGCUGCAGGAUUCCGUUUUUAUUUUCAAAUGUUUGCUGAGGUGAAUACUGAUGACAUGUUUUUCUGCAGAUAUUUAUGUGAGAGGUAUGUGGUCAUUGUGAUUAAAGUUAACAGACAGCUCCAUCCACCUCUGUAGUUCCUAAAUUACUGGUUGCUCAGUUAAUUUCCACCCUAGAUUGUAAGUAACCUCCAGUGGAAAUAUUAAUGUUGCUAAUCAUAGGUCCACACUGUAAUAUAAUGUUGAAAAAGAAUGUCUGUAAUUAGGUUGUAUGUAUCUUAUUUCUAAAUGUAGAAUAAUAGUAAGUACAAGUACAAUUCUUACUUAUUUUGUUAUAUGUGUGUUUUUCUUCUUCUUCUUCUGAUUAUUAUUGUCAUCAUUAUCAUUAUUGUUAUUGUUAUGUAAAGCCAAAUUGGUUCUCAUUCUCCCUCUCAGAGGAUCGAACUGCUCCGGCGGAACCACUUGUUCGCUCCGAGAAACAGGAAACGCAUUAACUUUGUGUUGCUCAACCCGGAAGUUGGCUUCUCGAGUCACAUUGAAGACGAAAAUCCCGGUCAAACGAAUAUCAGGACCAGUGACCACAGGACCAGUGACCAGUCAACUCAUCCCUGAUGACUUUAUCUGGAUGAUAAUUAACAAUGUUUACUUCAAGGGUUGUCUCCCGUUUAUUACGUAGAGCAACGUGUGCCCUUCAAGGCCAUGGAGACAUUUUGAAUGGAUGUGUACAACCGGUUCUUCCUGCUUACUGCUCUUCGCUACAACAAAAACUGAGAAACUACUCAACAGCAGCGGACAACACACCUCCUCCUCGAUGGGUACAACUUGAGCCAGAACUGGACGAGGCUCUUGUGCCACGUAAAAUGUCAGUGAGUCCUCUGGAGAGCUGGCUCUCCCUGCGCUACUCUCUCCCUUCCCUGCUGGAGGAUGCAGGGCUGCUGGAAGAGAAGGUGCUGCCUCCCAUCUCUGUCCCCGUUUUGGAGGAUGGAGAGGGUUCAGCAACACCCCUUAGCUGUAAGAAUGUUCUGGAGAUCCGACGGCGGAAGAUGAACCGACAUAAAUACAAGAAACUGCUUAAACGGACUAAGUUCUUGAGGAGGAGAGUGCAAGAAGGCAGGGGGAAAAAAAAGCAGAAACGAUUUGAGGAGGAUCUGAAGAGGAUUUGGACACGAGCUGGACUGAAGAAGGCUCCAGAAGGAUGGAGUGCACCUAAGAUCUUCAUUAAACAGCAUGGAAACAAAAGAGACUGAGAAACACUGACAGUUAAUCAAGUUUGGGUCACAUCCCUCACACAGGAUGCCUCUGCACACCUCACACCACACACUGCAGUUAAAACAAUCAGCCUACUCUCUGUUCUUUGCAGCUUAAUCGAAGCAUGUUUCAGUGAUAAGGAGAUAUUACCUGUGUACAAUUAUUUUUAACAAAGUGUACAUAAUCUAAUAAAGAUCAUUCUCUCUCAAGCCCGA